GUUAGCAAAGCUUCAAAUCUGUCAGUUUUACCACCAAGUCUUUGUGUACGGACGUAAUGUGGACACUAAUGACAAGCUAGCGCUUAAAAUUAAAGGCCGUAAACUUUUGGGUUAGCCUGACAACUCGUAACGCUGCCUUUAAGAGUUUGCAGCCAUGGCGGGGAAGGGGCGCGGGGUGGCUGCGUUCACCUUCAACAUUGAUGCACUGGGCAUCGGCCGGGGCAGCAUGCCAGAAGCCAGGGUGGGGCCCGAUCCACUCUUUCCACCCACAGACUUCAAGCCAGUCCCGCUAAAGGUCGGCGAGGACGAGGACUACAUGCUGGCUCUCAAACAGGAGAUGAGGGGAACUAUGCAACGGAUGCCUCACAACAUCAAGUUUAAGACCAAUAAGGCAGAUGUGGAGAAAUACACACAGAGAUACUUAAAGAAGAACGAGGUACAUGACGACGAAUGGACACCAGACUGGAAUGUCUUCCCAAAAGAACUGAUGCCACAAAAGAAAACCAGAGUAAAAGCAGGGCCAAAGAAGAAAAGGGUGAAGAUAUCCAGCAAAGAUACAGAAGAUGUGUUGACCAAAUUGAAUGAGCUGGAAAAGAAAGAUGACAAUGACAAAUCAGAUGAGGAGCAACCAAAGACCAAAGGAAAUGAGGAAGAUGAGGAGGAGAUUGAAGAAGAGGAAUAUGAAGAGGAGCAAGUGGAAGACAAUGACUACAUUGACAACUACUUUGACAACGGAGAAGACUUCGCUGCAGGCAGUGAUGACAAUAUGGAUGUACUCUCUUGGCCAUCUGAAAGUAAAGACAUCCAAGGUAAUUCAAAACUUUCAAUACUAAUAUAAGUGUAGAAUGGCUCCUGAAAUAUAUUAAUUCAAUGUAAAUUAAACAAUGUGCACAAUCAUCUUCUCCAACAAAUGGAAAAUGCAGCAUGGACCAAAUACAGUACAAUGACUUUAAAGAUGACAUAUUAUGGAAAAUUGUGUUUGGUGGUGUCCAUGUGCCACACACAGUAUGAAGAUUUCCCUCUCUGAAAAUGCUUUUAUGGUCUUUAUAGUUACUCAUGGUGCUA